UGCGAAGCCGAAAACACCGAAGUACAUGAUGUCAAAGGAAACGAAAUUCGACGAUAUCUGUUUAACACCUGGAUGCAUUCACGCAGCCUCUCAAAUAAUAAAAAACAUGAAUCCUGAUGUGGAGCCCUGUGAUAACUUUUACAAAUUCGCCUGCGAUGGCUUCCUCGAAUCCACUGUUAUUCCUGACAACAAAGAUCGCAUAACUAUGUUCUCUAGUACGGCUGUCGAUGUCCAGGAACAACUACGGCUCAGUCUCGAGCAGGACAGUCUACCAAACGAGUUGAGACCAUUUAAACUUGCCAAAGACUUCUACAAAUCCUGCAUGAAUAAAACCGCUAUCGAGCAGAGAGGCUUGACACCAUUAUUGAACAACCUGAAGAAACUUGGUGGCUGGCCUGUUUUGGAUGGUUUUGGAUGGAACGAAAACAAUUUCACUUGGAAAGAUUCCGUCUACAGAUUCCGCAGUUUGGGCUAUUCUGUCAAUUAUUUCAUCGAUAUUAGUAUUAAAGAGGACAAGAUGAAUGAAUCGAGAUAUUUGAUUAAUCUCAAUCCACCGGACACAAAAAUCGAGCGCGAAUAUAUUACAGAAGACAACGGUAAAAUUGAAAUUGUUGAAGAAUAUUACGAGUACGUAGUAGACAUCGCUGUAAUGCUUGGAGCGAAUCCGGACCGAGCCCGCAGAGAACUAGAAGAAUCAGUUAAAUUUGAAAUGGAUCUCGCCAGACUCUUGCCGAAGGAACGUAGCUCGGUUUUCAACUGUAUGACUGUGAAUGAGCUAUUUACAGCCUGGCCUAGCAUACCGUGGUGGGAAUACUUUAACACCAUUCUUUCACCGCAAACACAACUAAGUCAGGACGACAUAGUUAUUGUGUUUGAACCCAGCUAUCUACGGGCCUUCGAACAAUUGAUCUUGAAGACGCCGAAGAGGGUGCAGGCAAACUACGCGCUCUGGAGAGCGACUGCUGAUUCAAUCCAGUACCUAACAGAUGACAUCCGGAAGAGACAGUUAGAAUAUACCGAGACAAAGAGACAACCAAGAUGGGAAGAAUGUAUGAACACUGUUAUCGACAGCGUAAUGUCAUAUAGUGUCAAAUCGAUGUAUGUGAAGAAGUAUUUUAAAGAAGACACAAAGAAAACCGUGUUCGAAAUGGUCGAUAAUAUUAGGCAGGAAUUCAUAAAAAUCCUGAAUAAGAUAAAAUGGAUGAAUGAGACGACCAGAACAAACGCUUUAGAAAAAGUAGCCGCCGUGACUUCAAAUAUUGCCUAUCCAAAUGAACUGUUGAACGAUAAAAAGCUAGAGGAAUUUUAUGAGAAACUUGAAUUGAGUGCCGACAAUUACAUAGGAAAUGCUUUUAACUUAUCUAUACAUCUAUGGAAUUUCCAAUUUAGUAAACUAAAACAGCCAGCAAAGAAAACAAAAUGGUUAUCUUAUGCUUCAGGAAUGACUGAGGUCAAUGCAUAUUACAGGGCCAGCCAGAACAGUAUUUACAUCCCCGCGGGUAUUUUGCAAGGUCAAUUUUUUAGCAAUGAUCGGCCACAAUACAUGAAUUAUGGCGGAAUCGGCUAUAUCAUUGGCCACGAAAUUACUCACGGCUUUGAUAAUAACGGCAGACAAUUUAAUAAAGAAGGUAAUUUCGUAGACUGGUGGGACCCAGAAGCGAAAAAGCAUUAUCUCAAGAGAGUUGAAUGUUUAAUUCAUCAAUAUGGAAAUUAUACCGUAAAAGAAGUUGGAUGGAACUUGAACGGGAUAAACACCCAGGGUGAGAACAUUGCGGACAAUGGCGGCGUAAAAGAAGCCUAUUAUGCGUACAAAGAAUGGGUCAAACGAAACAAUCCGGAACAGAGAUUGCCAGGCUUGCCAUACAGCCCGGAACAAAUGUUCUGGAUAAGCCUGGCCAACAUUUAUUGCAAUAAGUUUCGACCGGAAGCACGGAAACGACAGAUUAUGUGGGAUUCCCAUAGUCCGGAAGAAUUUCGUAUUCAAGGAAUGCUGUCGAACAUGGAGGAGUUCUCGCGCGACUUUAAUUGCUCAAUCGACUCCAGAAUGAAUCCAAAGAAAAAAUGUACCGUGUGGUAGAUCUCAGACCUCAGAUGUCUGUAAAAUAUGUAUAGCGAUACCGGUUGAUAUCGUUUUCAAUUUUAAAAGU